AUGGUCCCCUUUGGAGGAUACAUGAUGCCUGUUCAGUACAGCGAUCUAGGCGUUGGUGAAUCUCACAAAUGGACCAGAGAGAAGGCCAGUCUGUUCGACGUCAGCCAUAUGGUGCAAUAUCACUUUACUGGACCUGGAGCUACUGCUUUCCUGGAAAAGAUCACGCCUGCUGAUCUGCAAGCGCUACCACCUCACCAAUCCACACUCUCAGCUCUACUGCACCCCGAGACUGGCGGCAUUGUGGAUGAUACCAUCAUCACUCGUCUGGACGAGAACAAGUUCUACGUCGUCACCAACGCUGAAUGCAGAGAAAAGGACGCCGCUUUCUUCACCGCAAACCUGGACGCCUGGAACAAUGCAAACCAGCCCCGUGUAGACAAGAUUGAGCUCAAGAACCAAGGCCUUGUAGCUCUGCAAGGACCUCUGUCAGCCGAGAUCCUGCAAGGUGUACUCGCUCCCUCCGCUGAUAACGUUGACCUCAAGUCCCUUUACUUCGGCAGCUCCAAGUAUUUGACUCUCAGAUUCGCAUCAGGCGAGACUUCAAAGCCUGUUCUGGCCUCUCGUGGUGGUUACACUGGCGAAGACGGUUUCGAGAUCUCCAUCGCGCCCGAAGACACUGUCGCCGUAACGGAGUUGCUCCUCACCGCUGCCGGACCCGACAAGUUACGUCUUGCCGGCCUGGGUGCCAGAGACUCUCUCAGACUUGAAGCAGGCAUGUGUUUGUAUGGCCACGACCUUGAUGACAGUACGACACCCGUGGAAGGCGCUCUUGGCUGGAUCGUCGGCAAAUCACGUCGCUCGCCUCCUCGCAACGAUUUUAAUGGUGCAGAGGUUAUUCUGCCACAGCUGGUACUCAAAAGCAAAGGUGGAAAGGGUGUUGACCGUCGUCGCGUGGGACUGCUUGUCGAGGGCGCUCCUGCGCGCGAGGGCGCACAAAUCGUAGACGCCCAAGGUCAAGCCAUCGGCAUCGUUACCAGCGGCUGUCCUUCGCCCACGCUGAAGAAGAACAUCGCUAUGGGAUACGUCAAGGACGGCCAACACAAGUCCGGUACCGAGCUUGGCGUCGUGGUCAGGGGCAAGACGAGAAAGGCCACAGUGACGAAGAUGCCUUUCGUACCCAGCAAAUACUGGAAAGGAGGUAUCUCGCCAGCUUAG